AUGUUUGACCCUCUGGUGAACCUGAAGGAAUUGCAUCUGCAAAACAAUGUCCUCACAUCCAUACCUGCUGAACUUUUCCUUAAUCAGCAGAAGCUGGAAAAGCUCUAUCUGCAGAACAAUGUCCUCACAUGGAUACCUGCUGAACUUUUCACCAAUCAGAAGACGCUGAAAGAGCUCUAUUUUUCCAACAAUUUGCUAACUGUUCUUCCUAAAGGUAUUUUUCUGAACCUGCCUAGUCUACAGAAUAUCUCACUUUUCAACAACCAGCUGCACACACUGUCUCCCAACACCUUCGGCCCCAUGCGCAUGCUCCAGGAGCUAUGUCUGAAUGACAAUAAGUUAACUCGCCUCGAGGACAACGUGUUCAGCAAUUUGACUCAGUUAAACCUUCUAGAGAUCAACAGGAAUCAGCUCUCGUACAUCUCCCCUGGUGCCUUCAGUGGAUUGUUUGGGUUGAAAGAAAUUUCUUUACAAACUAACAACCUGACGAGCCUUGAGGAAGGAGUGUUUAGAGGUCUUAAUAAUUUGGCUAAAAUAUCACUGAAUAACAACCAGAUUUGGAACCUUCCUGGGAAGCUCCUCUAUGGUCUCUCUCACUUAACCACACUGGAGCUUCAAAAUAACUUUCUACUCUAUUUACCAGAAGACCUUUUAAUCUCACUAACUGACCUUCAAAAUCUAGUGCCGUCUCAAAAUCCCUGGAGGUGCACCUGUCAAAUUUUACCCUUUCGAGACUGGCUAGUAAAACACCAAGAUAAAGUACCCAGUGCCUCCAGCAUCAAGUGCUUCACUCCCUCCUGGUUGAAGAACUGCAGAAUUAUAAACCUUGAAAAAACUAUUCUUUGCUAACACAUUAACACAUUUCUCCUACUCUUCUUUCUUUAUACUUCUCCACCACCAUACCUGCAGAUCACACCACAUCUGUCUGGAAGAACAAAGACCAUACAGACGAUCGAUGGAAAACACAAUCAUUAUUGCUUUGGUUUGUGCUGCAGUUAUUGUGACUAUCGGCCUCUGUGCUGUUUGCUGGAUCAGAAACAAACGAGUGGACAGUCAAAAUAUAAACUUGUGGCCUUUUGAAGGUGUUAAUUUCAUCAAAGGAUGAUUUUUCAAAUAAUUCAAAUAAUGAGGUAGAAGUUUCAAGCAGCCAGUGGCAGAAAAGACAAUUACCUAAGUGGCAGAAUUUCAAAGUCUGAGGUCUUAAUGCCAGAAGGUAAAAUUAUAUAUUUUAUUGUUUCCUCAUUUUUAUAUGUUGCUUCUGGAUCAUUCAAUCUUACAUUAUUAGUCCACCCCAAACAACCAGAGCAUGUUCUUGCCUGUGAAAUUA